CGGAUCAACAGAAAGAGCCGAAGAUGUCGGCUCGUUCAUGUGAUCAGCUGUGUCCAAUCGCAGCUGAUCGCAUGAGACAUGUACACUGAUCAUCAGGGCACUGAUGAUCAGUGUGCCCUGAUGAUCUGUGUAGCCCCAGCAGUGCCACCUGUCAGUGUCCAUCAAUGCCAGUUGUCAGUGCUCAUCCAUGCCACCUACCAGUGCUCAGUGCCACAUCAAUGCCAAGUUUCAGUGCACAUCAAUGCCACAUAUCAGUGCCCAUCUGAGCUGCCUUUCAGUAUCACCCAUCAGUGCCAGUCAGUGCCACCUAUCAAUGCCAGUCAGUGCCACCUAUCAGUGCUGCCAAUCAGU